AUUGCACGAAUAUGAAUUUGCCGCACGACGCACUACCAACUACGAGAAUUCCCGUCAACUUAACGGCUACGAGUGGAGGGCUGAAACCCGACGUAGGUCAAGUGCAAGAAUCGAUUUGCGCCAGUGAAUCGGCAACUGUAGCGCUCACUUCUCGCACAUUGCACGAUGGUUCCUCAUGUUACUCCGGACCGGGAGUCACUGAGCCAGAAUCCAGUAACAGUCUCAAUUUAGAAGCGAUCUUCGAGUUCUCGGGCGCUGGCAAAGCCAUGACAAAGCCAUGUUCCUGACAUUCGCGCUCGCAUGGAGCUCUCGAUCCCAUGGGCGCUUAACAAUUAGAAAGGGAGAGAGAAUGGAUUGGAAUGAACCAAAAGUCCAAAUGUGGGCCCGUAAGCCUCUCCAAUCUCUGAACAGCACGAAUCCGUUCACGACGUGUCGUAAGGAGUCCGGAAGGGACGUUAUAGGGUCGUGCUGGUGGUUGUUGGAAUCAAGAAAGUGCGUCUCGUAUUUGUACCACGCGACCGAUACGACACUUGUCCCGCACUACGACGCGCCUCGAUCUUGGCUCCGGUGCCCGGCAUCCAGGGCCAUAGAUGUCGGGCAAAGUGCCUCCGCGUGGUCCCAGGGCUCUGUUAGGGCACAACAAUCAGCACAAUAGCGACCAGCCAUUACCCGCUUCUUCGACAAAACGCAUCGGCGCUGCUCCUCCGACCGGGCCACGCAGUCUUCUGAAUGGCUUCAACGCCGCGAGCAGCGCAAACGGGCUCGGAAAACGGGUCCACGUAAAUGGUGUCAACGGACUGAAUGGGGUGAACGGCCACAUCUAUCCGAACGCGCCUCCGGCCGUGCCUCCACCUCCCACAAGUGAGCCUCCACCACCCCCUCCGUCCGCCGCUGCGUUCCCAGGAAUUGCCGGUCCCUCCACGCGUCCUGCCAUCGCCUUUUCCAUAGUCCCAAAGGCUCCGGGGAAACCCCCCACUGGUCCGGCGGUUCCUCCACGCGUUGUGACGUCCAAAUCCCAUCCACAACAUCCCCACAACUCACCUCCUCCGCCUUCAUAUGACCCGCCCCCUCCACCACCAGAUGAAGCUCCGCCGCCACCACCAAACGAUAUAUCUCCGUCCCCACCUCCGCCAGCUGGUCCACCACCACCGCCUCCACCGCCCUUGGAUGCGCCUCCAGUGCCGCCGCCCCCGAAUCAUGUCCCUCCACCAUUACCUCCUCCAUCCAGCCUUCCCCCUCCUCCGCCCUCAGAACCGCCCCCACCGCCGCCUCCACCCAUUCCAGCCUAUACGCCCUAUACUAUCCAAGUGAAGAAAGCUGAGGUCAGAGCUCCCAUCGUCUCCGCAUUCAGCACGGCUCCAUUACAUCCAUCACUCCCUCCACGACCAUCCUUGUCCUCAACUCACCUGUAUGCACCGUCAACACCGCCGCCACCACCGCCGCCACCAGCUUCCCCGCCACCGCCGACUGAACUUCCUUCCUCGCCCAAGCCUCCUCCUUUACCAUCAACACCUUCUCUACAUGCCUCUUCGUCCGUGUUGCCGCCCCCGAAUUCCUCGGCAACUUCUCGACCAGCGCCUCCACCGCUGCCGUCUUGGCCGCCCCCGAGGACAGCGUAUCCUGAGGUCCGCUCCUUCCGCGUUCUUUUCGACCCUGGUCUCGAAGGGCUGAAGCAAGGUGGGCAUGACGGAACCUACUGGCGUCGCAUGAUUGAGCAUGUGAGGGAAAGGUGCACCCCAGAGCAUGCAGCCGAGAGGAUCCGCGGCAAGGGCAAGGCGAGGGAGAUGUUGUUUCGGUUUGAGGGCGAGGUCGUGGGUCCGAUCCGUGAGGAAGGUGUAAUGGAUGGUGAAGAUGUGAUGUUCGAGGACGAAGUCGUCGUUUCCGAUCCCCGACAAGCGGGACAGUCCCGACCUCGGCCUCCUGCAAGAACAGACUUUGCGCUCGUCUCGUAUGAGCAUGAUGCCAACAGUGUCUCCCCCCCUCCAACGACUGUGCUCAUGACGGGCCUUCCUCCGCUCGCUUCCAACAAAGUUUUGCAAGGACAUCUUGCGACUUAUGGAAAGGUCGCACACUUCCACCGCCAAAUGGAUUCGGCAACAGGGGCGACCCUCGGCGUAGUUUCCGUGCGUUUCACAACACCCGAGGAAGCUCGUAAGUGUAUCGAGCGUGAGGAUGGAGGGCGGGGCGCGAUUGCGGGCUAUUUGGGUGUCAUGCAGGAGGAACGGAGAGCAGUGAUGGAUCCCGAAGGCCUUAUACUGAAAGCCCUGCUGAAAGAGAUGGACGGGCGACGGAGACGAGAGCGAGAAGAAAAGAGGAAACGUGAGAAGAAGGAGAAACCCAAAGAUCUCCCGGUACCAUUGACUACCAAACCACCACCCCUGCCGCCUAAACCUGUCCAUCCUUCACUUCCGGUCAAUCCGUUGCUUGCAGCCCGCGUUCAGGCUGGGUCUAGUCCACGAUCCGCCACGACCCCUAUAGCUCAGGAGAUGCGCAGGCGCGAAGGAGACUCGUACCGUGGAUACGACCGGGGUCGGCCACUGCAGAAUCGCCCGCGAUACUUACCACCGCGACCAAUGAAUAGCUACCGUCCGGCCCUGUCGCGUUCUCCGUCCCCAAACGCUGAAUAUCUUGACGCUGUGGCCCGGGAUCGGUCGAAAGGCAAGUCUCGCGCAACUGAUCGUGAUCGGGAACAUGCGGAGGUGCUCAUUGAACUGGCGCGCAACGGCCGGGAGUAUCUCAAGAUCAAAGCCGACAGCGCGCCAAAUGCGAUUCGAGACGACGAUAUCCUGUCCUUCUGCCGGGCGUUCACGGGUUCGAUGGACAAGAUGCUCCGAGACCAUUUGGGCAUCUACGUGACGUUCAAAGACGCCGGCACAGCUCGAAGGGCGGAGCGUGUCCUCGGCGGACACAAUAUUGGCUUCCAUUCCGUGACCUUGUCUGUGCACGCUGCGCCAACAGCCGGCGAGGCCAGCCGAGAGCCUCUGACCACCGCUGAGCUCCUCGAUCGGGCACAAGAGCUACUGAUGAAAGAGCUCCGAGUGAUGCUGGAGCGAGAUAUCACCGAGCGUCUGGUGGCGGCAGAUCUGCGCAGGAUUGCUCUCGAACCUCGUGACAAGCCCGUUCCUGUUGCUACCAACACAGAGUGGACUGCGCCGAAUCGCGGCCUGAAAAGUCUUUCAUUUCGGAAACAGCGCAAGGAAGCGAAUGCUGUGCCAGAGGAGGAGGAUGAGGAUGAGGUCGUCUUCGCCGAGCGCCCCAAGAAGAGGCGAAAGAAAGAGGUCAAGAUUCGCAAGCCGCUUGUCAUCGAGGUCGAAUCGGAAGAUGAGGAUGAUCGUGAGGAUGAUCCUAUGUCGUUGGUCCGGAAAAGAGACGAGCUUGAGGAUGAUCGAGACGAUCAAGACGAGGAGCCAGCACGGAAAAAGGUCAAGCAGAUCGACAAGAAACCGAUCGUGGAGAUCCAAGUGAUAUCCCCGCCUUCAUCUCGUUCCCCUUCGCCUCUUCCGGAUGUUUACGAGCAGGGCAUCUGCGACGACGACGAAGACCUGUACUACGCCAAGCUGGUGCUGGCUGGGAAUGACGUUGAACCGACGUUGGACCUCGCGCCGCCUGAAAGCGCUGCACCGUUAUUUCGGAAGCAUGUCACGGGAUCUGCUCGUACUGAAGGGUAUUACAAGAUCACGCAUGCCGAGAAGAUUGCGUAUGUCACGCAGUACCAGGCACGGGCAACGAAUGUGGAAGUCGGGUCGCCUGCCGAGGAGCCGCCUGCCGCGCCACAGCAUAUCGAAUCUUCGCGGUCCAAUCGUGCGAAUGCGCGCCGGCGGGCGCAGGGCCUUGAGGAGAUCAACCAGGUCCAGCGGGCCGUGGCGCUGUCCAAGGGCGAGGCGGCGAACGAGCUCUCGUUCAAGUUCAACCAGCUACAGACGCGCAAGAAACAUCUGCGGUUCGCGCGUUCGCCCAUCCACGACUGGGGCCUGUAUGCGAUGGAGAAGAUCUCGAAGGGCGAGAUGGUGAUCGAGUAUGUGGGCGAGGUCAUCCGUGCGCAGGUGGCGGAGAAGCGCGAGAAAACAUAUGAGCGCCAGGGAAUCGGGAGCAGCUACCUGUUUCGCAUCGACGAGGACCUGGUCGUCGAUGCCACGAAGAAGGGCAAUCUCGGCCGUCUUAUCAACCACUCGUGUGAUCCGAACUGCACCGCCAAAAUCAUCACCAUUAGCGGCGAGAAGAAGAUCGUCAUCUAUGCGAAGCUGGACAUCGAGCUCGGGGACGAGAUCACUUACGACUACCAUUUCCCCUUCGAGCAGGACAAAAUCCCGUGUCUGUGUGGUUCGGUCAAAUGUCGUGGCUUUCUCAACUAGAGCCAUCUAUUUUUAUUGCUGUCUCCACCACCUCAAGGUCGCUUUCGUUGUAUAUCUAGCAAUUGCAUUUAUUAGCUGCUGUCGUCCUGUCUUCAGCGAUGUACCACUUCAGAGGUCGGACUUGU